AUGACUCCUGAUUUAUUAGAAGGUGAAGUUAUGUUAUGGAUCCAUAAAUGGAAGAAAUGUACCCCAGACCAACGACCGAUUACAGCAUUAGAUGCCUUAACAAAAUGUGAUAAUGAAAUAUUUCCUACUAUAAGAUUGUAUUUGCAAAUAUUAGCAACACUCCCAGUCAGUGUUGCAUCGGCUGAGAGAAGUUUUUCGACUCUACGCAGAGUUAAAACUUGGCUUCGAUCAAGGAUGGACGAGCUUAUGCUUGCUAAACGUACAUCAAAAUAUUAA